AUGUCCAGAAACAUUGCGACCUUUGCUUUCGUCAUGUCUCUUGGCAUUGUGUUGGGCAUGGUGCCAUCCCAGUACUUCAUCUACCACCCGUUCUUCAUACUUAGGUUUCCGCCCCAAAUAUGGCGUCUUGCGACGUCUUUUUUUAUCACGGGCUCAGGCCUAGGCCUCGUGUUUGACACGUAUUUUUUGUAUUCGUACCUCAGCCAGAUGGAAGUUGGCAACCCUCGAUUCCCACGAAAGGAAGACCUGAUUUGGUACCUCGUUUUCGUGUGUGGGGUGAUUUUGGUAGCGAAUCACCUUGUCGGCUUCGGGUUCAUGAUGUUCCUGCCGGCUCUUAUUUUAGCUCUGAGCUAUACCGUGACGCAGGACCAACGCGGCGCCAAGGUCAGCUACAUGUUUGUUACCAUGCCCGCCCAGAUGAUGCCGUACGCCAUGCUUGCCAUCAACCUCCUCUUUCCUGGGGGCGUUGAAAACAUGAUUCUUCAGUUCCACGGCCUGUUUGCUGGCCAUCUCUUUGACUUUCUAUCAAGAACGUGGCCCCAAUACGGCGGCGGGAGAAACCUGAUAGCCACUCCGGCAAUCUUUUCCAGGAUUGUGCAGUCGACCGAGGCAUUGUUCCAAAGAGGCAUUGGAGGUCCUGCCCGCCCUGCGGGCAGAACGCUUGGCAGAGGUACUGGCGCUCAUACAUCAUCAGGUGGGCCAUUACCGGACUCUUGGCGAACACGAGGUCCGGGGCAGCGACUGGGGUAA